ACGCCUCCGGUGGUGUGCCACUCUAACCACCGCACCUAGCUCGGGCAUCCAUCCACUCUCGUCCCCGUCCCGUACUUACCUGACUGAGCUCACUCACACACACGUACGAUGCCGAAGCCGUGGAGGCCGGUGCUGGCGUCGGCCACCAAGUGCUGCGCGGCGGAGGACGCGGCGGUGGCGCCCGACGGUCUGGCGCGGUGCCGGCCGCAGCAGUCGGAGCUGUCGCGGCGGCUGGCGUCCUUCAGGCGCCUCUCGUCGCUGGCCAACAGCCCGGUGUCCGCCACCGCCACCACGGUGGCGGACAAGGACGGCGGUAGCGUGAAGCAGGCCGCCUGCGGGGAGAUGGCGGGCCCGCUGCAGCUGCACUCGUUCGGCCUGGGCGAGCUCCGCGGCGUCACGCACGACUUCUCCAGCAACUUCCUGCUCGGGGAGGGCGGCUUCGGCGCCGUGUACAAGGGCUUCGUGGACGCCGGCAUGCGCCCGGGCCUCGACGCCCAGCCCGUCGCCGUGAAGCAGCUCAACGCCGCGGGGUUCCAGGGCCACCGGGAGUGGCUCGCCGAGGUCAUCUUAUUGGGCCAGUUCCGCCACCCGCACCUGGUCAGGCUGCUGGGCUACUGCUGCGAGGACGAGGAGCGCCUGCUCGUCUACGAGUUCAUGCCGCGCGGCAGCCUCGAGAACCACCUCUUCAGGAGUAGGAUCUCGACGACGACGCUGCCGUGGGGCACCCGGCUGAAGGUGGCCAUCGGCGCCGCCAAGGGGCUGGCUUUCCUCCACGCCGCCAACACGCCCGUCAUCUACCGGGACUUCAAGGCCUCCAACAUCUUGCUCGACUCGGACUUCACUGCGAAGCUGUCGGACUUCGGGCUGGCCAAGAUGGGCCCCGAGGGCGAGGACACGCACGUGACGACGCGCGUGAUGGGCACCCACGGGUACGCGGCGCCGGAGUACGUGCAGACGGGCCACCUGAACGUGAAGAGCGACGUGUACAGCUUCGGCGUGGUGCUGCUGGAGCUCCUGACGGGGCGGCGCGCCAUGGAGCACGUCCGGGCCCGCAGCGCGCACGCGGAGCAGCAGGUGAAGCUGGUGGACUGGACCCGGCCCUACCUCAGCGGCGGCAGCCGCAGGCUGCGCUGCAUCGUGGACCAGAGGCUGGCGGGCCACUACUCCGUCAAGGGCGCGCGCGCCGUGGCGCAGCUGGCGGUGCAGUGCACGGCGCAGCAGCCGCGGGACAGGCCGCGCAUGGCGGCCGUCGUCGAGGCGCUCGAGAAGCUGCAGGGGCUCAAGGACAUGGCCGUCGCCGUCGGCCUCUGGCCCGCCGGCGCCGCCACCGCGACUGGCGCCGGCAACCGGAGCGCCAAGGUCGUUCGUGCCGAGGUCAAGGGCGCCGGCGCAGCGUCGCGGCGGAGGAGCUCGUCGUCCAAGCUGGCUUGAAUCGUUGAUCGAUCGUCGAACAGGGCUGGACGUACGGUCGGAGCCGUGUAUCGGGGGGUUUGUUUGUAUAUAAUGUGCCGCGAGCUUGGCGUCUGUGUAUGCAGUCUAGUACGUAGUAGCUUAGGCGCGCCGAGAUUGGUGAGGCAGAGAUCAUGCAUUUCUCCAAUUCAUCACGCAUGGUUUUGCGAAACGAAGAUACAUACAACUUUUUUCCC